AUGGCGAAAACGGAGGGCCCGUCGUCGCCGCGACGGUUCUUCGCCAGAAUCUAUGGGCAUCUCGAGGCGGACAGGAUCGAGGGCAACGACGACGACCGCGAGAAAUCGAGCACCGACUCGUCGCCGGACACCGAUCCCUGCGUCGGCACCAACGCGGAGGUUUCUAGUUCGCCGGGCAACGAAGUAACGCAGGUGUCGGACUCGAAAGACGCGUUCUCAGGGCAAACGGAAGAACGGAACAGCAGCGGAGUGAACGUGCUGAUCAGUAGCGAAAGGGAGAAGAAUUCGACUUUAAGGUUGCCUUUCUUCCACGGGCUGCUUCCCAGAGUACCUAAUCUGCCUUUGACGCACCUACACUUAACACAGAUCACAUGCCCGCCGACGCACUCGUCGAAUCUCCACAAUCUGCCGUACCAUCAAGCGCCGGAGCAUUAUUUGCAAGGAUUCUCAGCGUUCUUAGCUCGCAGGAGAAGGAAAGAAGGUCGACCACGAAGACAAAGGACUACGUUCAGCAGCGAACAAACCCUGAGGCUGGAGGUGGAGUAUCGCAGGGGAGAAUAUAUUUCCAGGAGAAGAAGAUUCGAGCUUGCCACAUCACUGCGCCUUACGGAGACGCAGAUCAAAAUCUGGUUCCAAAACCGACGGGCCAAGGACAAGAGAAUUGAAAAGGCACAACUCGAUCAACACUAUCGGAACAUCGCAGUUUCCAAUGGAAUGGUAAACGUACCGAUUUACGGUAGAACCGGAUUCUGCGAGUUUUGCUUGUACAAAGAGACAUUUAGAUCGGCGAUCAAUCAUUCCUGCGCUUCUACGGAUCCCGUUGGUGGAACUUCAACGAAGCAAGCACAGUGCAACAGCGUUGCGAGCGAAAUAUCGGAUAACACGACGAACACGUUGUCGUCGAUUUGA